AUGAGCCUUAUUUACGACAAGAACUGGGAAGGUCUGUGGGAAAAACCGAGGCGCUCACAAUUACUUUUCGUUCCGAAGAACCCGGAAAAUAUCCUCACGUGCUUGCCGGAAAGAGUCAAAGGUGUCAUUUACAACAACGAUUCCAUACCGCCCCCGGAUGACGAGAGCGAUGUGAUCAUCAUCGGAAAAAGUUUGUCGGACAAGGAAAUCAGUUUACACGUGUAA